GUUUGGGGUGGCAUGGAAGGGACAUCGACGUAUACGCCAAGGUUACUAGUAGGCAGUAGCUACAUAGAUACACGCCCCCACUGAUGUGAAACAUCCUCGAACGACCAAAGUUGUUUGUUGCCCAACACUGGACAUCGACCAUAUGAAAUUACGAUCGGCGAGGUAAAACCUCGUUUUUAAUCAACGCUAUUGCGAUGGAUAACGAACAAAACUGGUUUGACAAAUUUACUGUUAUUGUGGAACAGAAUAUUAGAGGUGUACAGAUCGGCAUAUAUUCUGUGGGCGUGAUCGGACUUGUUGUGGCCUUGAAAAGUGUGCGACCGUUCUCACGCUUUGUAAGGCCUCAAGACAUUCCAAAAACCUUUAUGGAACGCCAUGUGCCGUUAAAGGGGCGAGUCUUAGGGGUAGAACUAGGUGGUCCAGCUACACCACCAUUGCUAAUGGUGGAUCAUCAACCAAUCAUAUCCCUUACACAGCAGUCAUCUUCUUGUCUACCUGUACAUAUUGCUGGAGUUGACAUUUCUGGCAAUGGAAUUUCUUGGAUGCAGUCUGUACUGGUUGGAGAUCAAGUGAAGUUCACACCACUGAAAAUUAAUCCGAGCAAUGUUAGCUGCAUAGUGAAAGCAUCGAAAGGUGAUGUGGCUGUAGACCUCGUCUCAGUGGGAUUUGCAACAGUGUCAGCAUUGGACUUCACAUUGGAAAAAGAUCCGCUUUACAUCACAUACUACAAAAGACUAUUGAAGACUGAGAAACAGGCAGAGCGUAAGGGGCAUGGUAUGUGGGCCACUAACAGCACAUGGUUCCAACGGAUAUGGAGAAAGGUCAGUGCAAGAAUGCAGCCAAGACUGUUGCUACCAGUAGUUUUACGGCGCUCUUGAAUAAGCUUUCCAUCCAGUUCCUAAGAUGAUACUAUAUUGCUACUGGUUGUGUGUAGAAAAUUUAACCAUAAUUGUGUUCAUUGAUGUGUCAUUAUGGCUAGCCAGAUUAUAGUCAACAGCAGGUAGCUACUAAUAAUAGUACUGACAAAACAGGAAAUCUGUUAACUAACAUUAAAACAAGAAUGAAUGGAGUAAGACCAAGAGUCACACAAAUUUAAAAAAAGGCUGCAUCUCUAGAUUUCAACAUUUUUUAAAAUUCCUUCAUUAUGAUGAUGAUUCAAAACUGAAUGAGGAAAGAGUAUAUGCAUAGGCACUGAAGCAGAAAGGAAAAAGAGGGGGAGGGAGGGAGGAAGAGAGAGAGAGAGGUAGUGCAUUCAUUCUGUGAUACAAGUGUGUCACAAGAUACAAUUGUAUCUUUCCUGGGUUAGGUUUUGCAGAAACUUUUCCUUAAUCACAUGUGUAUGUACCGUUUCCUUUCCAUAUUUCCAUUUGUCUCCCAGUUGAAGGAAUUUUCAUGAAAUACUAUAAUUUGAGGAUAUAACCACACUGCUGUGUGUGUGGCCCUCACUCCACUUGUUCUUUUUUUCCCAUGUGAUUAAUAGAUGUCUCUCUUCUGUCACACACAUCAUCAUGUUUGUACUGAUUAAUUUAAUUUUUUUAUGCAGCAUUGAAGAUGAUAUAUUGAAGUAAAAAAAAAAAAAAAAAAAAAAAAA